AUGGAACAUCUUCUAUCGUGGCAUAGACCACAAGUACAAGCUUUCAUUGGAUACACAAGCAAUGGAAACUUCAUGACCAAGACUGUUGAUGAAGCUAAGGUUCUUAUUGAGAAUCUUGCAGCUAGUGAUUGUAACAACUGUCCUGAUUAUGACCGCUCAAGCCGCACCACUACUAGCUCCCCUGAUUCUUUUCAAAUGACUGAACUCAAGAACAUGAUGGCUCAAGUUCUUAAGGGACAGCUCAAGCAUAUCAAUGCAAUAGAAGGGAUGAGUGAUGCUAAUGAAGAUUCAUCAAGAGAAUGCAUGGGAGAUUUCUCUAAUGAAGCCAAUGAAGAAGAUGUGAACUACAUUGGAAACUAUGGGAACAAGGGAUACAAUCCAAGCUAUCGCCCAAACCCCAACAUGUCUUAUAGAAACCCCAAUGUGGAGAAUCCUCAAGACCAAGUGUAUCCUCCAAGGUAUCCACAACAACAAAGACCUCCUUACCAAUCUCAAGGAAGUCAAUUUCAGCCAAGGCAAGGAUAUGAGCAGAGAUCAUCAUAUCCGCCCAAGGAGCCAUAUGCUUCUUCACCAAAUCAAGCUCCUCCAAACCAACAAGGUGGGAGAUUUGAAGGAAUCCUCCAACAGAUCAUGGAUGGCCAGAAGAGAAACACUAAAGAGAUGUAUGAGAAGAUGGACACUUUGUUCAGCAAUCUCAACACCAAGUAUGAUGCUGUUGCCACUCAUGUGAAGAAACUAGAGACUCAAGUCACUCAAACUAUGGAAGCUGUUAAGAGACAGGAAGCUGAAUCCAAGAAGUCCUUUUGCAACUCAGCCGCCAUAGAAGAAAGAUUUGAAGACCAAGUUCCAGAAUGGAUGCUUUCAAAACCUACUGUUGAUUGCAUGAUUUGGCCUGAAGAGAAUUACCCAGAGAGAGAGUCCAAUCGAGCUAGAAAGAGAAGACUCUUCCCAAAGAUUAUCCCCAAGACAGAUAACUCAGGAAAGUUUGUGUGCCUUGUAUCAUCAAAGAUUGGAAAUUGCUCUAUCCCUACUGAUUUCCAGAUUGUGGAAAUGAGAGAGAGUAGCCAUAGACCUCUCAUAUUUGGAACCCCUUUCCUGUCUACUGUGGGUGCCAUAUUUGAUUUCCCCAAUCAAAGAAUCUCUUUCAACAAGGUGAACAAGGGUAUGUUCUUCCCUAUGUGUUCAACAAAGAACUCUUUUGUUGACAUGGUCCAAGAGGAGAAAGCUACUUUGAAGCCACCCCAAGAAGGAGAAACUGAAGAAACAAUCAAGGAAGAUCCCAUUCCUAAGCCCAAGCAGCUUGCCAAACAAGCAAGGAGUAAGACUAAGGCCCCUACACCAAAACCGCCCAAGGGAUCAACCAAGAUUGAAGAUGAGGCCAAGCCAAGAAGGAAGGUUAGAAAACCUAGGUCUGGCCGCAACAUGAAGCUUCUAUUCCCAAAGGAGCUUAUUGAUGAGAAUCUAGAAGGAUUCAAGGAGAGAGUGACAAGAACUCUAAAGCUUUUUCCUAAGGCAGUAGUGCCAAGGGACAUUCAUGGAGAGAUUGUCUAUCCAGCUGUGAAUCACCCACCAGAUACUCAUUGCAAGGAGAAAAGACUUGGAGGAUCAAGAUGCCUCUUGUCUCCAUCUUCUCCUGAGCGCCAAGCCUUACAGUCAAGCUAA